AUGUCAGCCCAGAGACCCCGGGAGGCUGAGACCGGAGCACUAAGCCCGGCCCCAUCACAGAGGCGGCCUGACAGUGACCCAGAGUCUCGGGGAAGGAAGUACGCCACCCUCCACCCUCAUCACCCUGGGCGCACACGAAGCCCCCUCCUGCCCCUCCUCGCCACCCUCGGAGAGUGCUGGGGGGGCCCUGCUCUCUGCAGGGCUAUGGAGAGGAAGGACUCAGAGUGCUGCGAGGCCCCAAAGAAGCGGGGCCUGUCCUUCUCCAUCGAAGAGAUCUUAAAGAGGCCCGCCGAGAGCAGCGACGGAGUCAGGCCGGAAAGGGCAGGUGGGCAGGGCACCAGCCAAGCAGCAACUACAGCCUCCGGACUAGGCAGGCCCCCACAAGACCAGUCCCAGGAAGAGAGGAAGAGCAAGAGGAGAGUCCGAACCACCUUCACCACGGAGCAGCUGCAUGAGCUGGAGAAGACCUUUCACUUCACACAUUACCCAGACGUGCACAUCCGCAACCAGCUGGCAGCCAGGCUCAACCUCCCGGAAGCUCGGGUACAGAUCUGGUUCCAGAAUCAGAGAGCCAAGUGGCGGAAGCAGGAGAAGAUAGGCAGCCUUGGGGCUUCGCAGCAGCUGAGUGACGCCAACUCAGCCCUGGCCACAAAUCCGGACAUGGGUGGUCCCCUGCUGCUGCCCCCUGCACUGCCCAGGCUGGCUCCUCCCCCGGGCUGUUAUCCACCGGCUCAGGGUCAGCUGGCCUCUGCCUGGUUCCCUGCCUGGAUCACCCUCCUCCCACGCCACCCAUGGGAGACACAGCCGCUCCCAGGCCCUCUCAUCCAGCAGACCUGCGCUCCGACACUCUGCUGCCUCCCCCCUCUGCACACCAAAUGGGGCAGCAUCUGUGCCACUUCCACAUAGGGACCAGAUGGACAUUCUCUCCCCGGUGGAGCCGCUCUCCUCUCCAGGGGAAGGUACGUGGCAGGAAGGCACCCAGGCCUCGGAGGAAAUCAAUUUCAUGAUCCAAGGAUGGCCCACAGCCCAGGAAGCCCCCCCAAGUAUACCCCAUGGAAGGCUGCAUCAGACUCAGCAGCAAGGUGGCCAGUGAAGGUGGCCCUCCUGGCUCAACGACAGAGGCUGUGUCAGAUCUCAGGAUGAACUCUGGGACGAGGAGGUCAUCCUCUUGCACCUAUACUUCCUCUAACUUGCUGUGUGACCUCCAGCCAGUCACUCACCCUCUCUGGACCUCAUUUAUACUAUGAGACAGUUGGGCAAGAUGACUUUUGAGGUCCCUUCUGGCCUGUACUUUGUGAAGUGAACCAUGGUGAGAGCAGAGGCAUAAAAAACCCAAGGAGAUGAUGUUUGUUCUUUCAUUCAUGACACAUUUCUUGAGCACCUACUGUGCGCUCCAUAAAUGGAACUGGAUAUUGCCAUGAACAGCCGAGGCUCUGCCCCUACGAGCUCAGUCCAGGUUGGUCAAAAGGAUAGUGCUGACCUUCCCCUGUGAGCAGAACAUUCGUCAGUGACCUUGCAAUGGGCCCAUGUCUACUCCUUCUGGGCUCUGAUAGGAAUGUCUUAAAGAGAGAGAGAGAAAUAUAGGAACAUUUUUUUAAACUUCUAAAUGGCAUUUGGUGUCUUUGGUUAUUCCGUUGAAUGGGGGAGGAAUGUUGUCAUUUCUGAUCCGAAUGAAGAGAAGGACAGCAAGUUCUUUUCAGAGUUAAUUUCCUGGGACUCGUGUGAGGGGCCCAGCGGCAAGGCCAGCCUCACUCUAUCCUGAAAAGCCUAGGGUUUCGCUUGACUCUGCUGUUUCCUUGCAGUGAGGCCUUGGGCAAACCACACGCCCUGUCUGAUCCUCAGUUUUGAUGUCUGUAAAAUGUCCUGUCUACCCGGCCUGCCUCACACUCUGAAAAGAAGCAAAAGUGCUUUGCCAGGUGUGAGGGCCAGGCCCAUUGUGGAGUGAUGUUGUCCCCAUUCCACCAGAAAAUGGCUGUUCUGAGUCCCAGGCUGGGACCACUCACUCCUGCUUAGAGGGCGGCGUCUAUUGACCUUCCCUUCAGCAUGAGUGUUGCUGAGAAGUGCCCUGCUGGGGGAGAACAGGGCCUGCUACCCUGAGCCGGGCAGACUGGAAUGACCUCUGUGUGCAGUCCUGGAACUCCUAGGAAUCUGCCCCACUUCCCAGAACCCCCGCAAUCUGAGAAGCAGAGCGACUUUUCUACAUCAAGCAAUUGCUGUAAAUGGUGGGAUGAGGACCAGGCUUUCUGGCCCCCAGGAGUCAGAUGGGGAACAGGGAAGCCUGGGUCGUACUCCUGCACUCUCUCUCAUUUGCUGCAUAACCUUGCCAUUUGAUCUCUGGGCCUCAGCUUUCUCAUCUGUAAUCGGAGACAGCAAUGCUAUUAAUACCGUGUUUCCCCGAAAAUAAGACCUAGCC